AUGAGCGACACACAUAAACCCAUGCGCUCCGGUUCUUCAACCGGUGCCCCCGGUGUCCCAACCUUCCUUCAAGACCAGCGAAAUCAGUAUGAUCCCGCCACAACCCGGUUCAACUCUUCCACCGGUGCCGGGUACAAAACUGGAGGGAGUAAAUCCCAAGAACCAAGUCAUCGGCCCAUUACGCCGACUAAGGGAUUUGAUGCCCCAGCUGGCGAUGAUCGAAUUAAUCAUGCGCCCAGUACGGCCGAACGUGUGCAGAUGGAGAAGGAGAUGGAAAAGUCGCAGAAGGCGUUUCGGUCCAAUCGGGCUAGUGAGGAUAUUGGGAAGGGUAUUAAUGGGGUUGCGGCUAAGAUUCAUGGCGCCGGAGAGACCCUACGAGGAGCGCUUAACGCCACUGUUGAUCGAGCAUUCGGAUCUCAUGAAAGUGCGGAGUGGAAUGAGGAGAUCUCGCGUCGGGGUGAACAGGAAUUCAAGUCCAAAGAGUUUGGUGAGGACUUGCCUAGUCAACGAGAGUGA